UCCGGGGUGGCGGCCGAUGGCGGCCGACGGGGAGCCGGCGGACGAGUGGCGGGCGGCGCUGCCGCACCAUGCCGUGCUGUGCCGCCUGCGGGAGCAGAGCGCGAAGAGACCCAGCCCCUCCGGGCCGACCCGCAGCCUCAUCUUCGGGCUGGACGCGGACCUGUUCCUGUGGGACGCGGAGCGCGGCGCCUUCUACACCCUCAGCCUGCGGGGCCUGAGGGGCGCGGAGCCCGGGGGGCUGGGCCGGUACCAGACCCUGGUUUGCAUAAACCCACCCCUUUUUGAGGUCUAUGAAACCUUGUUAAGUCCCACACAGCAUCAUGUGGCGCUCAUAGGCAUUAAAGGGCUGAUGGUACUGGAGUUGCCUAAACGCUGGGGCAAGAACUCAGAAUUUGAAGGUGGAAAACCAACCGUUAAUUGUAGCACCAUUCCUGUUGCUGAAAGGUUCUUCACUAGUUCAACAUCCCUGACCCUAAAACAUGUGGCCUGGUAUCCCAGUGAGACAUUAGAACCAUAUGUAGUGCUGUUGACUUCGGAUAACACUAUAAGGAUUUACAGUCUGAAGGUGCCGCAGACACCUGUGAAGGUGAUUGCUCUUUCAGAUGCUGAGGAGGAAAAUUUAAUGCUCAAUAAAGGGAGAGCGUACACAGCAUCACUAGGAGAGACUGCAGUGGCAUUUGAUUUUGGGCCUCUGGUAUCUGUUCCGAAGAACAUAGCUGGGCAGCGAGGGAGAGAAGAAGUAUUGGCAUAUCCACUAUACAUAUUAUAUGAAAAUGGAGAGACCUUUCUCACAUAUAUUAGCCUCUUACAAAGCACUGGAAAACUUGGCAAGUUAUUGGGCCCAUUGCCCAUGCACCCCACAGCUGAAGAUAACUAUGGCUAUGAUGCUUGUGCUGUUCUGUGCCUGCCCUGUGUUCCCAACAUCUUGGUGAUUGCCACCGAGUCAGGAAUGCUUUAUCACUGUGUGGUACUGGAGGGAGAAGAGGAUGAUGAGCAAACGUCAGAAAAGUCUUGGGACCCAAGAUCUGACCUCAUCCCUUCUCUGUAUGUGUUUGAAUGUGUUGAAUUGGAACUUGCACUGAAACUGGCAUCAGGAGAAGAGGAAGAGCCUUUAGAAUCUGACUUCUCUUGCCCAAUUAAACUGCACAGAGAUCCUAAAUGUCCCUCUAGAUAUCAUUGUAUACAUGAAGCUGGUGUGCACAGUGUUGGACUAACAUGGAUCCACAAACUUCACAAAUUCCUUGGGUCAGAUGAGGAAGAUAAGGACAGUUUACAAGAACUUGGAGCAGAACAAAAGUGCUUUGUGGAACACAUUCUUUGUACAAAGCCAUUGCCGUGCAGGCAGCCUGCUCCCAUUAGAGGAUUUUGGAUAGUCUCUGACAUCUUAGGGCCCACAAUGAUCUGCAUCACCAGCACCUAUGAAUGUAUCACGCGGCCUCUUCUGAUUAAUUUUUUUAGUGACCAAAGCUGCACACUGGAACCAUGCCACCUUAUUACCAGAACGACAGUCCAUCCAGCAUCCCCUCCGCUCCUGUGUACAAGAGAGGACACUGAAAUUACAGUCUCACCUCUUCGUAUCCUAGCUAAAUCACAGCAUUCAUUUGAGAAGCACAUCCGAAGCAUCCUGCAGCGCAGCUCUGCUAAUCCAUUGCUUUUGAAGUCUGCUGACAAAGAUGCAUCUCCUCCCCCAGAGGAAUGUCUUCAGCUCCUAAGCAGAGCCACACAGGUGUUCAGGGAAGAAUAUAUUCUGAAACAGGAUCUGGCGAAAGAGGAGAUCCAGCAAAGAGUGAAAUUGCUGACGGCACAGAAAAAUAAGCAACUGGAAGAUCUUGUGUACUGUCACGUGGAAAGGAAAAGUCUGCGGGAAAUGGCUGAGCGCUUGGCUGAGAAGUAUGAGGAAGCUAAAGAAAAACAAGAAGAUAUUAUGAAUAGGAUGAAGAAAGUGCUUCGCAGUUUUCACUCUCAGCUUCCAGUUCUGUCAGAUAGCGAGAGAGACAUGAAGAAAGAAUUACAGACGAUACAUGAUCAACUGCAGCACUUAGGAAAUGCUAUCAAACAGGUGAAAAUGAAAAAGGAUUAUCAGCAAAGAAAGAUGGAAAAGGGGAUCAGUCCACGAAAACCUACCAUAACCCUCAGUGCCUACCAGAGCAAGUGCAUCCAGACAGUUCUGAAAGAAGAGGGAGAACACAUAAGGGAAAUGGUGACACAGAUCAAUGACGUCAGAAGCCAUGUGAACUUCUAAGUCCCCACCAUAGAGAGGCUGAAAUGCUUUUGACAUUGCAGCAAGGAAUAUUUUAAGGGGGAGAACACACAACCCACAUCUAUUUAUCAGUAACAACUGUUUGUGCUAUAUAAUAUGCUUUUUAUUUCAUAUUUUGUAAAGAUUCAGUCAAUAUUGAAUAAAACAAUUUUGAUAAGA